AUGGCGAAAGCGCACAUGUUCUCAUCGGGCCUAGAGACGCAUGGGAACGCCGUAGACAACCCGGUUGUCGUGAUGGAGCGGAACGACUCGACGGACAAGCGCGAUAACGCUGAUAUCGCCAACAUCCACGAUGCAGAGAUCGCACAUGAAAGCGAGCUUCCCGAGGGCCCGACUGUGACACGCUGGGAGGAGUGGUCGUACUAUCUCUACUACAACGGUGAUAACGGUGUUGGACCCAUUGGCUAUGCUGCGACACAGUUCCAAAACCUGCUCAACUCGGCUGGACACGACCCCGCCACGGGCGAGGCUUGCAGCACUGAAAGCUGUGUUCUUCGCUUUGCUGGCAAAGACCAGAGCAUUGCCAGCAUUGUGCUCAUUGCCAACGGCAUCUCGUUUGCAAUCAUGACUGUGCUUCUUACCACCAUUGGAUCCUGUGCGGACUAUGGAAGCUGGAACAAGUGGAUCCUCAUUGUCGCCUCUGUCGUGUGUUGGGCCACCCAAUACGGAUUCCUGGGUGUUACCGACUCGAGCCAGUGGAACACGGCCAUGGGCCUCUACAUUAUUGGCUUUAUCACGUAUGGUAUCACUCUGGUCUUCUUUGCGAGUGUAUUCCCAAUUCUGGCUCGAAGCACCAAGCGCACCAAGGACGCGCGGCAGAAGCUGGACGAUGGCCUGAGCGAUUCGACAGAGUACGAACGCGUCGAGAUGCUCGAGCGUAACCGCCUUUCGAACAUUUCCACUGCCCACUCCAACUGGGGUUAUCUCUUCACGAUGGCCCUGAACCUCUCUCUUCUCCUCCCGUCCUCCAUCGCCAACAACCCAAACGUCAACAACUACGUCCUCGCGUUCACAAACUCGUACUGGGUCGUGCUCGGUCUCCCGUGGUUCUUUUUGCAACAGAACCGCCGCGGCCCUCCUCUUCCCAAGGGGGAACACUGGCUCACCAUCGGGUGGAAGCAGAUCUGGAACGCGCUCAAGCAGUACCGCCGCCUCCCAUUCACGUUCAUCUACCUCUUCUCGUUCUUCCUCCUUGCUGACGGCCUCAACACGACUGGAAGCAUGGUCUCGAUCGUGCAGAACGACCACAUCCAGUUCUCCUUCCUCACGAGCACGUACCUGGGUCUGGCUCAGGCGGCGACAUCGAUCACCUCGUGCUACGCUUACUGGUAUCUGCAAAAGUGGAAGGCCAUCAAGACCAAGCGCAUGUUCCAGGUCACCAAUGUCAUCACCGUGUUCAUCCCAUUUUGGGGCAUGCUCGGACUGUGGACUAACAAGAUCGGUUUCCGCAACACGUGGGAAUUCUACGCCUACAACGUUGUCUUUGGCCUCGGCCAGGCUCCGUACUAUGCCUAUUCGCAAACAAUGAUGUCGGACCUCACCCCGCCCGGAUUUGAGGGAAUGUUCUUUGGCCUCUUUGGUAUCACCAACCGCGCUUCGUCUCUCAUCGGCCCCAACGUGUGCAGUGCAAUCAUCAACCGCUCCGGCAACCUGCGUGACCCGUUCAUCUUCCUCUUUGUCCUCUGUCUCCUUGCAGCUCUUGUCAUCACCUUCUUCGUUGACAUGGAGAAGGGCCGCGCUCAGGCGAUCGCCUUCUCAAUUGAGGAGCGUGGUAUGACCAACGAAGUACGUGUCGAGCAGGUCUCGGACGUCAUUGGUGCGGGUGGUCUUCACAAGCGCGAUGCCGAGGUCCACCACGAUGACCAAGUCUCGCACCCAGUCAUUUCCUGA